UCGAACACUUGUCGGAACAUGCAGUAUCUUUCCAUAUUCACACUGAUGUUUAAGCAAUAAAAUGGCUACAAAUGGUCAUUCUGGUCAUCCCAUGAAGUGGUUCAAGGACCAGCAUGCAGCAAGACAUGCUUAUGAAUGCGCAAUAUGUCUGGAGGUUUUGAAAGAUCCUGUGCAAAUAAGAGAUUGCGGACAUCAAUUUUGUGCGGUUUGUAUCGCAAGUAAUCUCAGGAUUAAUGCUCGAUGUCCAUCAUGCAGAAUAGAAAUAUCGGAGGCAAUGAUAUUUGAAGAUAACGCAGCGAGAAGAUUGAUUCAACAACUUGAUGUUAACUGUUGCAACGAAGGAUGUAGCUGGCAGGGAUGCCUCAGCUCGCUUCUACAGGAUCAUCAAAAAAACUGCACUCAUGGUAGGGAUGCUGUCCAUCAACUUGAUGCAGAUAAACUUGAAGCACUUGUGGUAAAAGUCUCAACUUUGGAACAGAAGCUUGCACUCCAAUCAUUGCAACAUGAAAACGAGAUGAGGCAGAUGAAAGAACAGCAUAACCAAGAUCUGGACCAACUUAGGCAGGAAUUUAACGAAAUCCUAACGGUCUAUACCAUGAGAAUCAUGAGUGCCCCUCAGGGAAACCAGCAACUAUUGGCAACGUCCAAUUUUAGCAAUCACCAGGAACGUGUGGUAACCUACACUUGGAGAAUAAGAGAUUUUGCAAGAAAAUAUCAUCAGGCGAUAUUACAAAACGUAAUUGGUCGUUUGGAAAGUGAGCCGUUUUUCUCAAGAGAUGGUUACAAAAUGAAGCUUCGACUCAAUUUAAACCAAGAAUCAAUAGGGUACCCCGGCUGCAUGGGUAUUUAUUUACUUUUAAUGAAGGGAGAUCAAGAUGCACUUCUGCCAUGGCCUUUUACAAAGCGUUUCACAUUUAUCCUUGUCGAUCAGCAAAAUGACCCGAGUCAAAGACAAGAUAUCGAGGAAUCAAUAGUCCCAAGAGGAGAGAGAAAUUUUGAAAGACCUCAGGGGGUUGAGAAUGUUGGUCGUGGAUAUGAAAAUUUUGUUACACAUGCAAUUCUAAAUACUCGUGGAUACAUUAAGAAUGGCACUCUAUUUAUCAUGGUUGUAGUCGACCCGUGAACACAACGAUUUUAAUGUCGAUAUUAAAACUGUAAAGUAGUAAUAUGUAAUAAGUAAUAUGUCAUACAAUGCCUAACUGUCAUGUAACUGUACUGA